UCGUUUUAACUUCGACGCUCCUUCAAAAAUUUGUAUUUUCAAGAAAAAUAUCAGAAAAAAAUUGUAGAAAAAAGUAAGAACCGACCAUGGAGGCUCCCGUAAUGCUCAAAGUCAUGUUCCAAGGAAGCAUUUUGAAUGAUUUACCGGCAGAACUCAAAUAUCGUAUUUUGGAUUUGCUUGAUGCCUCAUCGUUGAAAAAAUGUCGCUUGCUGAACAAAAAUUACCUCAAUUUGAUCGAUAAUUGCGAAAAAUAUACCAAACAUUGGAUUCUGGAUGUUUCUGGAUGGCCAGUCACUGCAGAUCAGGAAUUCGUUGAGCUCUACACGAAUUCUGGGAUGAAUUUCGGUCGUUUUGUUGGCGAUACAAAUAAGUUUCUUUUUGUACCAAAACUCUUCCAAAAGCUUGGAAAAACCGUCAAACAUCUCAAAAAUUUGCCCUUUUCCUCGAUGGAUCGCAAAACAACCGAAGCAAUGAUCGAGACCUUCAACAAUGUCGAAUACCUGAAGAUGACCGACAACAUUUUGCUUUGCAACAUGAAACGCUGGGGAUUAGUUUGGCCGAGUGUAAAGCGCCUGUCAAUUCUCUGUGGGGGACGAAAUGACUUGGCUUACAAGGGAAAUUUCUCGGAAUUUCCAAAUAUUGAAGAUAUUACCAUCGGAUUCUUCAGUUUGUUGCUCGGGCCGGCUCUAAAGUUGAUCAAAUUGUGUCCUGAGAAGAUCACCGAUAUACGAGAAAAGUUAAUUUUAUUAUCAGACUGCGAUCCUGGUCCAGAACUGGUAAAAAUUGAUAAUUUAAAACUCAAGAGACUCAAAAUGCGAUACGAUGCCGAAGAUGGCAAAGACGUUUUUUUGCCCACACAAAAUGAAAUAACCUCGUACGCGUUCCGCACACAAGUCAGUUACCGAAUGAGCCAUUAUGAGUACGGAAAAGUACUGCCGGAACACAUUGAUCUCCAGUAUGUUCACGAUUUGCAACUCGAAUUGAUGUGCGAGUCUCCAAUAUGGCUGGAUUGUUUGAAAAACAUGACAAAUUUGGCCAAACUCAAUGUCACCUUGAUGCCAGAGUUCCGUCAUUAUCGAAGCGACGAGCUGAAAACGUGUUUUUUGCAACAUCACUGGGUCGAACUGAACACAAAAGUGACAAAACUGGAACUGGAUACCAGGGGUUUACCUGAAACGUGUCACAAAUGCAUUCGAAAUUUUGUCUCCUCCUUUCCAAAAGUGCAACAUCUAAGUUUUACUGGUGUAGCAUUUGAGAAUCUUAAGGAUUUUCAACAUUUUUGGAAGAUGGUAAACGACGUUUUGAAGAAAACAGGCAUGGCUCAGCACUUGAUUACUUUCCGCGUAUAUUUUUCUGAUUACGAGUCGGCAGUGGACUCCUCCGAAUACAAUUUAUUCAAAAUAUUGACACCCCUUCCGAUCGCCAUUGACGUUGAACUUCACAUGAAACUCACAAAACUCACGCAAAACAACUUGCACAUGUUAUGCAAGAAGAUUCCUGCCGUCAAAAAAUUAAUAAUUGGAAUAAAACCUGAUAUGGACUUCAACUUGACUGGUUUUCUCAUCAGUCAACUCAAGUAUUUGAAAUAUUUGAAGUUGUCUCAUUAUCCGAAUGGAUUUUUCGACGAGAACUAUGUGGAACAUGUUGCAGGUCCAGAUCUUAUCGAUACUUUGCUAAAAGUCGAUUUGAAGCUUUGGGAAUUGGAGCUAAAAAUUCAAUGCGAAACUGAAGAUGUUUAUCCAUUAUUUGAGAAAUUUCCCACACUCAAAAAAUUAAAAGUUUUCAAGAAAGGCAUUUCAGAAGAAGAUGACAAAAUCACAGAAGUGGAUAGAACUGAUUUCUACAAUCACAUGAAAAGCAGACCAACAUAGCGAUUUAAUUCUAAAAAAAAUAAGAUUUUGACAGAUUUUCCAACAUUUUUGUUAAUGUUUCAAGUAAAUACGAUCAGUUAAAGGACAAUAAAUUAAA